CAGCUUCGUGGUUCCAGUGAUUAUUAUUUAAUUUAUUUACAAACAAACAAGCAAGCUUAAUUUCCUCCUGGUUUCGGUAAACAGCUUCGGUUCAAAUUGACAACGAUCGUUGAUUCUCAUCUACUUUGAAUUUCUUAUUGAAAUUGAAGAUGGAUCAAACAGGGUAUGAUAUUGAUAAUCUGUUUCGGGAAGCUCAAUCUCGGUGGUUGAAGCCAGCUGAAGUACUGUUUAUACUACAAAACCAUGACAAGUAUCAAUUUGAGCAGCAGCCUCCUCAGAGGCCAACCAGUGGUUCUUUGUUUCUUUUCAAUAGGAGGGUCAUUCGAUUCUUUCGUAAAGAUGGUCACAGUUGGCGUAAGAAGAAGGAUGGAAGAACUGUCGGUGAAGCCCACGAAAGGCUUAAGGUUGGUAAUGUUGAAACUUUGAAUUGUUACUAUGCUCACGGAGAGCUGAACCCCAGUUUUCAGAGACGUAGCUAUUGGAUGCUGGACCCGGCAUACGAGCAUAUAGUUCUUGUUCACUAUAGAGAGAUAAACGAGGUUAAGUCCAGUUCUGCAUCCACUGUGCAAUCACCAUUAUCCUCUUCUGCUUUUAGUCCAAGUCCACAGUCUUAUACUUCUCAACAUCCCAGAUCUAACUCUCUAGCUAAUGAUGUACGUGAACCAUACCAGAACUUAUCUAGUCCAGGGUCUGCUGAAAUUAGCUCUGAUAUUGUCACCAAGAACAGUGGAAUAGAUACUACAGUAGAAUAUACCAGUCCAGCUGAUUUUCAAGUUGCUCAUGCUUUAAAGAGGCUUGAGGAGCAGUUAAGUUUGAAUGAGGACAGCAUCAAAGAAAUGGGUCCAUUGUACAGCUUGGAUGAUGAUACACAUGAUUCAAAAUUUCUGGAAUAUGGAAGGGAGAUUGUCAAGCAGGAGCAACAGGCAGAUCUACUAUACACACCUGAUGGUAUCUUUCAAGAUCAACUUUAUUCCCAACCUGCUAGAAUGGAGAAUUGUUCAAAUAGUUCUGUGCUGCUUCCUGAUGGAGGUAUGAAUGGAGGACGUAGUCAAGUAUAUGGCAAUAAUAAUUUAGAUGGAAGUCAGGAAUCUCAAUAUUGGAAAAAUGUAUUUGACUUGUGCAAGACUCCAUCAGGUGUUGGCUCUAAGGGAAAGCCACUAUCUUCUUCAAGGAUGAGACCAGCUGAGCACCAGGAACAAUAUGGUUUGAUGAAUUUUAAUGGAUCUAACGUUGAAAACUCCUCUGUAAUGCAGCAUCCAGAAAUUGGAAAUGGUGAAAUUCCUUCAUAUUCUUCAGGAAUAGAAGCUAUUGACACCAAGUCUGACUAUUAUACUAUGUUGUUCAACCAAGAAGAAAUAGGUUUUCCUAUUGCACCAGAUUCAAGCUUGACUAUUGCACAGAAGCAGAAGUUCACAAUUCGGGAAAUUUCUCCAGAUUGGGGUUACUCCAGUGAGCCUACAAAGGUCAUCAUUGUUGGAUCAUUUCUAUGCGAUCCAGCAGAAUCUGCCUGGGCAUGUAUGUUUGGGGAGACUGAAGUUCCUAUUGAGAUCAUUCAUGAAGGUGUUAUUUGUUGUAAAGCUCCUCCUCACCUUCCUGGGAAGGUCACGCUCUGCAUCACUACUGCUAACCGUGAGUCCUGCAGUGAAAUCAGAGAGUUUGAGUAUAGAGAUGGUACUUGUAGUUGCACUCGGUGUAAUGUAUCCCAAACAGAAGCUGCUAAAAGUGUUGAAGAGCUAUUGUUACUUGUCAGAUUUGUUGAGAUGCUUCUGUCCGAUUCAACAUUACACAAUAUAGAUUCUGGAAAACAUUUUCCGGAAAAGCUUAAUGCUGAUGAUGAAUCAUGGAGUCAUAUAAUAGAGUCUCUUUUAAUUGGAAUUGGCACUGCCUCUGGUACUGUUGAUUGGCUUCUGCAAGAGCUUUUAAAGGAUAAAUUGCAACAGUGGUUAUAUUCUAGAUCCAAGGAAUUAGGAGACAAAUCAGGCAUCACCAUGUCCAAGAAAGAGCAAGGAAUAAUACACAUGGCUGCUGGAUUGGGCUUCGAGUGGGCCCUAAAUCCAAUUCUGAGCCAUGGAGUUAGUGUAAAUUUCCGGGACAUAAAUGGGUGGACUGCGCUUCACUGGGCUGCAAGAUUUGGAAGAGAAAAAAUGGUUGCUGCGCUUAUAGCGUCAGGUGCUUCAGCUGGAGCAGUGACUGAUCCAACCUCACAAGAUCCAAGUGGCAAAACUGCAGCAACUAUUGCUGCCUCAAGUGGUCAUAAGGGACUUGCUGGUUAUCUUUCUGAGGUAGCUCUUACGAGUCACCUUUCAUCCCUUACAAUGGAAGAAAGUGAGCUUUCCAAAGGCUCGGCUGCAAUUCAGGCUGAAAUGGCUGUGAAUAUUGUCUCCAAUGGGAACCUUGCCACUGUGGAGGAUCGCCUUUCGCUUAAAGAUACAUUGGCCGCUGUCCGAAAUGCAGCUCAGGCUGCUGCACGUAUACAAAAUGCUUUCCGUGCACAUUCUUUCAGGAAACGACAACAGAAAGAAGAUGCUGCUACUGCAGAUAGUGUUGAUGAGUACGGUAUUACUUUGGGUGAAAUCCAAAAUCUUUCUACCAUGUCAAAGCUAGCUUUUAGGAAUACCCGCGACCACAAUUCAGCGGCAUUAUCGAUUCAGAAGAAAUUUCGAGGCUGGAAAGGUCGGAAAGACUUUCUCUCACUUCGCCAGAAAGUUGUGAAGAUACAGGCCCAUGUGAGAGGUUACCAGGUGAGGAAGAACUACAAGGUAAUCUGCUGGGCUGUUGGUGUUCUAGAUAAGGUUGUACUUCGAUGGCGCAGGAAAGGUGUUGGCUUGCGAGGGUUUCGCAACGAGUCGGAUUCCAUUGACGACGAAAAUGAAGAUGAUGAGGACAUUCUGAAAGUGUACCGCAAACAGAAAGUGGAUGCAACAAUUGAUGAGGCUGUCUCACGCGUGUUAUCUAUGGUUGAUUCUCCGGAUGCACGUCAACAAUAUCGUCGGAUGCUUGAAAGGUAUCGCCAAGCUAAGGCUGAGCUUGUUAAUACUAAUGAAGCAACAUCAUCAACUUGCGUAACUGAUGUUUAUGACAUGGAAAGUGACGAUGUUUUCGAUUUCCAAUAGGUAACCCCCAACUCCUGGGACCCAAUAUCACAGUUUGAUGGAUUUGUUGUAUAAUAUUAUCCGGAAAUAGCCUGCAUUUUGAAAUAGUUUGAACUGUAUACAGUGUUUUGCCCAUUUACCCUGCACAUGUGUUGUGCUGUAUAUGUCCCUUGUAAUUAGUAAUUUACUGUGAUCUGAUUUC